CCUACCGCUGCUACCAUGAAGUUUGUGAUCCUCUUCGCCGUGGCCACUGUGGCCUAUGCUGCCCCUCAGUACGGGUACAGCGCUCCUCCUAAAAGUUCCAGCGAGGAGGUGGAGGUGGUGCCCAUCCUGAAGGACGAACGUGUCCACGAGGAGGACGGCAGCUACAACCUGGACGUAGAGACUGGCAACGGCAUCGUCUUGUCCCAGUCUGGCUCCCCCGACGGCCCUGAUGGCUCUGUGGUCAAGGCUGGAGAAUACUCCUACACUGCUCCUGACGGCACUCCCGUCCAUGUGAAGUUCGUCGCCGACGAGAACGGCUACCAGCCCCAGUCUGACCUGCUGCCAGUGGCUCCUGAGUUCCCCCACCCAAUCCCCCAGUUCGUGCUGGACCAGAUCGCCAAGGCUGCUAUAGAGGACGCUGCCCGUUCCUCAGAGGAAGAUGUUGCAGCCUCUAUCCGCUCCCCGGCCCUUAGCUACGGCGCCCCUCAAUAACUUGUGCAUUGAGAACUGUGGUCAUAUUUAUUGGUUGUGUACGAAUGAUGGAACUGAAUUAAAUAUACUGAAUUUAUAAAUAUUUA